AUGGGAGAUAAUAAUAUUCCUCAAACAAAAUCUCAAGUUAGCGAGGCAUUACUACGCAGUUUUUUCUUUGAUGUUUUAUCGUUCAAUAAUUUAUCUGAAUUGGACGAAUCGAGCAUUCCACCAUCUUUGGAAAAUUCUGGUCUACAAAGUCUUGUUGCUGAUAUCGGAAGACAUUUUGUGCCUUCUAGUUCUCAUGAUGAACAGUUAAGUCUGCCGUCAACUUCAAGUGCCGUUAAUGAAGAACAAGUUCAGUUCAAACCUAUCCAAAUUUUUAUUGAUGCAAACAAUGAAGUUGAUGUUGAUCAACCGUCAACUAGUUCAUCGUUGGAUAGCUCGCAAAUGGAUUCUCUUCAGGAUGCCAAAGUUUAUGAAAGAAUAAGGGAAUUGCGUGAGGCAGGUCUUUGGGAAUCUACCCGUCUUCCAAAAUGUAUGGAUCCACCAAGAAGAAAAACACAUUGGGAUUUCUUUAUGGAAGAAGUUUUGUGGUUGGCAAAUGAUUUUUCGAAUGAAAGAAAAUUUAAGCGUCGAUUGGCUAGCAAAUUUGCUUCUAAUGCAAAAGCCUCAUGGCGUAAAAUUAAAGAAUUGAAAAAAAUAAAGACAACAUCAGAAUUGUUAAGGGAUGAGAAAGAAGCAAAGCGCAUUUGUGGAUCAAUAGCUAAAAUGAUUCGUGAAUUUUGGCAAAAUGUGGACAAAGUUGUGGACUUUAGAGCAAAUGAAAUUGUUGAACUUAAAAAAAGGAGAGCUCUCGAUCAACAUUUAAACUUUCUUGUUGGUGCUGCUGACAAAAUAACAUCAUUAAUUCAUGAAAAUUUUGCAACUCAAUCCAAUGGCCGUUCUUCUACUGUUCUUUCUAAAAGUUCGGAUGAUUUUGAAAUGGACAGUGAAAGUGAUGAUAAUGAAUCAACACUUGAUGUAGAAGAAGCGAAUGGAACAAAAGGAUCAGUCGAAGAAGAAUUAGAUGAAUUAAGUAAAGAACAAGAUAUGGAUAUGGAUCAAUUACUUACAUCGUUACCAGAAGGCUAUCUCGAAUCCUUAGGAUAUUCUGUUCCUACAAAAGAUAUUCAGCCUGAUGUGAAUGAAAGCUUGAAUGAUGAACAGACUCGAACAACUGCUGAUUUAGAACAAGAGGAGGAAAGCACAAAUUUUAAUGAAAAACCAGAUCUUCGGAAUGUUGAUUAUAACAAAUUAAAUUCAGAAAAUAGUGAAGUUAGGAGACAACAACUUGAUAAUAUUGCUGAAGCUGCUUUAGAGUUUCAACCUAGAGGUUAUACUUUGGAGACUACCGAGGUUAAAACAGAAGUUCCAUUUUUAUUAACUGGUCAACUUAGAGAAUAUCAAUUAGUUGGUUUAGACUGGUUAGUAACUUUAUAUGAAAAGAAUUUAAAUGGAAUACUUGCUGAUGAAAUGGGCCUUGGAAAAACAAUACAAACAAUUGCAUUACUUGCUCAUCUUGCUUGUGCCAGAGCUGUUUGGGGUCCUCAUUUAAUUAUUGUACCAACAUCUGUUCUUUUAAAUUGGGAAAUGGAAUUAAAGAAAUGGUGUCCAUCAUUGAAAGUUUUGAAUUAUUUUGGUUCGGCAAAGGAAAGAGCAGAAAAAAGAAAGGUAAAUUUAUUUUGGUUAAAUGUAAGGAACAGAGCAAAAAAUAUUUAAAAUUCUGGUUUGAAACUCAAAAUUAAUUGUAAUUGGGUUCUGAAUGGUCUUCGUCCCUACCCCUACCCUCCUUUUUUCGAUUUUCGGUUUACCUUCUUUAAUUUACCCCUACCAUAUUCCAGCGGGGUGUCAUUUUCUGUAUAAAACUUGAGAACAUGAAACAAAUUUACUCUUUUCUUUUAAUAUUUUCUUUGCCAGGGUUGGUCAAAAUCCAAUGCAUUUCACAUUUGUAUAACCUCAUAUAAGCUAGUAACUCAAGAUAUUCGUGCAUUUAAAAACAAAGCUUGGCAAUACUUAAUUCUGGAUGAAGCACAAAAUAUUAAAAAUUUUCGAAGUCAAAGAUGGCAAUUAUUAAUUGGAUUACGUUCUCGUAGAC